AUGGAUGCCGCUCCUGGUGGUGACCCGGCAGCGAGCUCUCUCAAGUUCCGCGUGAAUGCCUUGGAGCAGCAAGCGGAGCUGGCAGACCUCAAGAGGCAGCUGGAUGCCGCCACCACGUUGGGUCAGCGCCAAGAGCAGCGGCUUCGACAGCAUCGAACGUCAGUGCGAGAUUUAUCGCAUCAGCUUGAGGAGUUGGAGCAGCGCGUGGAUGGUGUACAGAAGCGAGUGGAUACUGUGAGCAGAAGCAUAAGCCGUUCUGCAGAGGCAGUGGGUGUACAGGAGAAACGGGGACAGCAGCUUGACCAGCUGGCCAAUUCUUCUUCACUCAAGCGUGGUGCAGCCUCGGCCCUUUCUCAUGGCUCGCCCAAUUCCACGCGUGUCUCAAACUCCAGAGCAGACAUCAAGAUCGAGGACAAACUUGAGGAACUGGAGAGGAGACUCUGGCAAGCCACACAGGAGUUUGACAGGCGCUUGACGGAAGAGCCUCACAUCAAUUGCCCGAAGAGCCCCAAAGUGGAGGGCAGGGCCUUGCCAAUGUCCUCGGCGUCUUCGGAUUCUGCCAGUGUCCCCUUCACGACCGUUGCUCCGUCAAGUCACCAUGGUGAAGGUCAUGGUGACCACUCUCACGUUCACAUCCAUGGCCCGCUGGAUCGUGACAAGGCCCUGGGAAUUGGAAGCCUCAGCUUUGAGCCCAUCUUCAACGAGCGCUACAACAAAGAUCGGGUGGCUCAAGAGACGAAGGGAUUCCUCUUCUUGCAGCGAACACUGCCCAUCAUGAUCGGAUUGCUGACGGCAGGGACUGCAUGGGUGGUGGGCCAAGCCAGCGAGUUUCUUGGAUCGAAGCGCACAGAGAUAGUAAACCAAACCAUCGUUGAGCGGGGAUGGUUCUGGGCUUGGUGUGCAGAAUUCUCCUUGAUGGCACUCCUUGCCUUGGUGGGCGGCUUCUUCGUGUACUGCGGCGACAUCUCCGGAACAAAGACCGCCGGGUCCUCUGGCAUUCCGCAACUCAUCGGCUUGCUCAACGGCUGCGAUUUGAAGGGCGAGUUCACUUUCAGGCAUCUGCUGGUAAAGUGGUUCGGCGUGUGUUUGGCAGUGGCUUCCGGCUUGGCCGUGGGUCCAGAGGGCCCUAUGAUUUUCAUCGGUGCGAGCAUUGGAUACCUCUUCUCCAGGUUGCCACAGAAUCCCACUGUUUGGCGAUUGCUGGGCACUCCGCCUGCAACAGUGGGUGACGAUGUGUUUACCCGUGACUACACAUCGAUUGGUGCUGCUUGCGGAAUUGCUGCGGCGUUUCGAGCACCAAUUGCUGGCACCCUUUUCAUCGUUGAGGAAGCAGCUUCCCAUUUUAAGAAGGAGCAGAUGGCCAACAUCUUUUUUGGAGGCCUUGCUGCUCUGGAGGUCAUCCUCCUAACAGGCGGUGCAGGAGCAGUUCUGGAAUACAAGGUCCAAGUCGGCCCCGGCUGCAGUGACACACCCUACUGGACGAUUCUCUUCUGCGUGGUCAUCGGGCUGCUCUGCGGUGUCGUCGGCGCGGCCUUCAAUGCAUUGAACAUUCAGGUCAUGGUGUGGCGCUCGCGAUACUGCAGUGCCGCGAGGCCUGCCCGACGUGCCAUGGAGAUCCUGAUCCUGUGCCUUCUGAGUUCCACGGCGUGGCUGGGUGUUGCCACCUUGUUCGGCGAGCGGGAAGCCUCCUCCUCCACGCUCUUCGCUCAGAGCAACGGCUGCAUUAAAGAUGAUUACAGAAAUCAGAUCAUCAACGGCUCUGUGAUUGAGCGUCAGGGACGGGUGCACGUUCAACGUUAUUUCCCAGCUCCGUGCUUGUAUGGCGUCCAGUACGGGAAGAUGUGCAACGAAGUGCAUGCUUUGGCUCCAAGCAAUCCUUUCGCCAAGACUUGUGUCCAAGCAGUGACUACUCCGGACAUGCAGAAGCUCACAGAUUUCCAGGACUACUGCUGCAGUUUUAGCAGCUUGCACGAUUUGAAAGCAGGGAGUUUUUCCGUGCCUGGCAACGCCUCCUGUCCGAUUGACCUCGGAGAGUUUGCUCCGAGCCUGAAGAAGGGCCAGGAGACCUCCGGCCUUUCAGAGUCUCCCGACGAGCAUUCCAGUUUCAACUCGGUGGGCUUGCUCAGCUUAGUUCCUUUCAAAACGGCCUGCCAAAAUCUGUUUGCCCGUGGGAUGCCGAACCUGGUCACCAUCGAAGCCAUGGCAGCCUUUCUCGUGCUGUUCUUCGUCUUGGCCGCGAUCACUGCAGGGUCUGCCAUUCCGUCCGGGACGCUCAUGCCACAGAUGGUGAUUGGAGGUCUGAUUGGGCGGAUCUUGGCGGUCGUCCUGAUGAAUAUCCAAUCAGCAACAAUGCCCGGGACAGGAACGUCUUGGGCGCAGCCGUACACAGUGCUUUUCGGAUCUGGAGGUGUGUUCCCAGAUGGCUCACCGGUGACUCUGGAGCCGAACGGUUUCCUGGAUCCAGGGAUCGCCGCAUUGAUGGGGGCUGCAGCCUUCCUCGGAGGGAGUGGGCGAGUCACUCUCUUCACCACCGUCAUGAUGGUCGAGAUUACAGGCGAUCCAGUCAUGAUUUUCCCUGUGGGUUUCUCCACGGUCUUUGCCGUGCUGGUGGGAAAUCUGAUCAACCACGGCCUGUACCACUCAUUGAUUGACGUCCAAUCCACGCCGUAUCUCCCGGACACGUGGCAAGCGGACCAGCUCCCGCCCGGGAUUGUUGUUCGCGACAUGAUGCCGAAGAACAAACCGAUUGAAAUUAAGCUGGCUGGUGGACGGGAGGGCAUCAAAGAUGCCCUGAAAGGCAACAAUUUCUCCGGAUUCCCUGUGGUCGAUGCCAAGCGAGUCGUCGUGGGAAUGGUGGACCGGAAAGAUCUGGAGGAGCUCUUGGACCAAGAUGAUGAGAUCACGGCUGAGGAUCUGAAGCGCUGCUCCAGUUUGUAUCCAGUUACUGUUCGGGAGAGCUUCCCGCUCCAAAGCGCCUACCAGCUCUUCAAGAGCAUGGACAUGAAAAAUCUCGUGGUCGUGGAUGACAAUCACGCGCCACUUGCGGUGAUGACCCGCUUUGCCUUCCUGGCUUGGCGAGUGGCAGACAGGAUGGGCGGCCGAAUCCAUGAACUCCACGAGCGCGAGUUGCAGAGGCGACGAUCUCGUCGCAGAUCAGGCCUUUCGCCGGCUAAUCAAACUUCAUAUGUGGCGAACCUAUCUUCACAUGUGGAGAGCAACGACGAAAGCCGAGCCUGA